AAUAAUUGCGAGGAAAAUGCCCGCGUUUCUGGUGUAAUGGCCGGACAGUUCCCCUGGUCGCAGGUUUACGCGUAUUCAUUCCGUAGUUCUCAAAUUCCAGUCCUUUGAUUCAAUGGAGGGCAACAAAAACGGAGCUAUUCACUUGAAGGUUUCAGCCUGCAGGACAUGUUCAAAACGUUGAAAGCAACAUAAAAAUAUGAGUGCGAGAUAUAAUAUUGGUGUUUGUUCUUUACAUUUACUACUCUUCACUGCUUUCACUAGUGUUCUUUUACAGGCUGUUGAAACGAAUGCAAUUGCAGUGCCAAGUUCCAGUUGCUAUGUUUUUGACAAUUCUAGUCACGUCAUUGACUUUAGUAGCUGGGUUGGACAACCAUUUGAAUAUGAUGGGAAGGAUUCUGACUUGGUGGUUCGGUUUUGCAAAGAUGUGGAAAGUAGAUCACAACAGACGGGAUAUGUGGAUUUUGGUCGAUUUGACAAAUUCAAUUAUUUUGUCUCUGGUUCAGGACAUGCCAACUUUGUUCAAGGUUAUUACUACGGUGACCUGACUUCUUGUGAGCAGAGUUAUGACAAAUUGGGGAGGACUGCACAGGUAAAUGUUAUAUGUGGAGGUUGUUUAAAUGGACGAUGUAAAGGUGGUCUCGGAUGCAUCUGCAAUAUCACUUAUGAGUCCAGUUGCAGAGUUAUUGUCGACUUAGCCAUCCCUUGUGUGAUACAAGGCCCACGUGUUUUCAAAGGAUUUACUGUUGGCUUUCACCCUAGAUCCUGGGAAAUUGUUUACAAUGGUUUAACUCAGUUAGGCUUUGAGAAGCCACACCGUGCAUUCAGCUUCAGCACAGAGCAGACUGGUGUGGUUCUUCAUAUGACUGCCAUUGCAUCACUUUCCUCUUUGGUACAGAAACCAAUCAUUCAGGUUUUUCCAGAAAAUGGACUUGAGGUGAAAGUGUCAGGUUCAGGGGCAACUGGGAGCUACCCUACAACUCUGUCACCCUCAAUGUUGAUGAUUAACUGGAGAUGUGUUAUUGCCAGAGAUGUUCCAUAUGAAGUCAAUGUCACGAUCCCUGUGGCUGAUUAUGAACCUAUUAUUUUUUUUCUUACCAAGACGUGUGAAAAAAGGCAGGACGUACAAGGAGAUUCUAUGAAAGGAUGGGCCACAUUUGGAAUACUCUCUUGCAUAUUCAUAGUCGUAGCAUCACUAUUUUGCUGUGGAGGAUUUGUUUAUAAGGCACGAAUGCAAGGCCAGCGUGGAAUUGAUGCAUUGCCGGGCAUGGCACUACUAUCCGCCUGCUUGGAAACUGCGAGUGGUGCAGGACAAAGCUACCCGAGAGCUGAAGGCAUCAACAGUGGGUUCGUCAGUGAAGCCUCCUGGGAUCGUCCACCAUCCUCUUCCUCUUCUCGACGGACAUGGACACCGACUGAGAAAAAUUAUGGUUCAAUAUGAAUGUCUCUCCAUUUCAGAUUUUAGCUCUUGGACAGUUCAUGAGAGAAAUUUAGCUGCAUGCCAAUGUAGCAAGGACGAUGGGCAAAAGGGAUCUAGGUAAAGCUUAGUUUUUGAAGCUAUUAGCGUGUCAGACAUUUCUAUCCAUAUCAUAGGGCGGGCGUAAUAUGUGUUCUUAGAAACGUUACUUCAUACCCAUCUGGCUUGGAGCUUUAAGGUUUAGAGCAUUCAUUUUACCAUAUAGAUUGCAAGAAGUUGUCUAUAUCACUUUCUUUAAAAUUUAUAAUAAACUAUGUCUGAACAGAACUUUUAAUCCGA